AUGAAAGAGGAAGAUGGGGAAGUGAAAAAGAGGAAAGAUCGUUGCCCAAGUGUUGAACACAGGAAAUGUAAACUUCUCUCUAAAAGUGUCUUGUGGUCCCAGCGUCCUGAAAGGCCAAGUCCGGGUCCCCAACUGUCAUCAGGCUAAACCGUCCAAUCCGCUAUCGAUAUUCAGUCCCAGCCACAGUUCUGCCCCUCGGCAUUUCCCAAGAAAAUCAAAGCAGCUUCUCCUAGUGGUAAUCUUCUUCUUGAGUAACUCAAGCUGCGCAUUAACUCCCAGGAAUACAUCCCCAGACAGAGGAGUCGAGAGAAAACAAGACUCCUGAGUAUCUGUUAUCAAAAAAGCUCGCAUCUGGGUGCCUCUCCUCUUCCUCACGGCGUUGCUGCAACAUGGCUCUGAGCGUCCGAGACCUUCUCACCCAAACCCUGGAGGAUUUACUGGAGACGGAAUUCAGGAAGUUUAAAGGGAAACUCUGUGAGAUUCCCCUCUGGGACCCACCCGGGGGCCGAGGAGGUGCUGCCGGCAUCCCCCGCGGGGCUCUGGAGAAGGCUGAUCGGCUGACCACCGCCGACCUCAUCCUGAGCUACUGCGGUUCCGGCUCGGCCCUGGACGUGGUGGCAAGAGUCCUGGAGAAUAUCCAACAGAGAGAGCUGGGGAACAGACUCCGGGAGAGAGCCCCAGAGGCCCAGUGCUCCCCAGCCGGCCUGAUUUCCAGCUUGAGUCUCCAAAAGAGGACAAGCAAAGCGAGCGGCGUGUCCCCCAGUGCCUCUUUCUCAGAAGCAGCGGUGGCUCCCGACUCCGGGCAGAGGUCCAGAAGCAAAAAGAGAGCAAGUUGGAAAAUCUCCCAGGAGAUGUACCGCUCCGAGAUCCGGCACAAGUACGAACGUGUGAAGGACUACAACUCCCUGCCGGGGGCCUGGCGCUCGCUGGAGCAGCACUACGUGGCCCCGCUGAUCAUCCGCCGGUGCCGCCCGGCCCGCGAGCGGGAGCAGGAGCUGCUGUCCAAGGGCCCGAGGCACCUGGAGCUGCUGCGGCUCUGCGGCGAGGGCGGCUCGGCCCGGGUCCGCCUGGCCCACCUCCUGGACGGGCCCGGGGGCCGCCGGCCCCUCACCGUCGUGCUGCAGGGAGCGGCCGGCAUCGGCAAGAGCUACACGGCCCACAAGAUCAUCCUGGCCUGGGCCUCCCAGCGGCUCUACCACGACCGCUUCGACUGGGUCUUCCUCUUCAACUGCCGGGAGCUGGGGGUCGAGCCGCGCCCGCGCAGCCUGGCGGACCUGGUUCUGACCGACUGCCCGGCCCUCGGCCCCCACGUGGGCCAGAUCUUCUCCUGCCCGCAGAGGCUCCUGUUCCUGCUGGACGGCUUCGACGAGCUGCAGCCGCCCCGCUCCCCGGAGGAGGAUGAGAGGGAGGAGGGAGAGGAGGGCGGGGAGGAGGCGGCGGGGCGGCGGGCCGAGGCGGCCGUCCACAGGCGCCGUCCCGCCGCCGCCACGGUCAGGCUCCUGCUGCGGCAGCGGCUGCUCCCGGGCUGCCUGGUGGUGGUGACCACCCGCCCCUCGGCCCUGGAGCAGCUGGAGGGCUGCAUCCGGGCCGACGUCCACCUGGAGGUGCUGGGCUUCUUGGAGCCCGAGCGCCAGGCCUUCUUCGGCAGGUUCUUCGGCGACGCCAAGCGGGGCCGGGAGGCCUACGAGGCCGUGCGGGGCAACGAGGCCUUGUCCACCAUGUGCUUCGUGCCCCUGGUCUGCUGGAUCGUGUGCACCGUGCUGCACAAGCAGCUGGAGAAGGGGCAGGGCCUGGACGGGCUCCAGACCACCACGCAGGUCUUCCUGCACUUCCUGAGCAUCCUGCUGCGGUUCCACCGCCGGCCGAGGGCCAGGGCGCCCGCCGACUCCCUCCUGGAGCAGCUGGGGACCCUGGCGGUCCACGGCCUCCUGACCCGCAAGGUCAUGUUCGACCGGGAGGACCUGGAGGCCCACGGGCUGCCCACCGCCGCCCCGCCCACCAUCUUCCUGAGCGCCGUCCUCCGCCAGGGCGUGACGGUGGACACGGUCUACAGCUUCGGCCACAUGAUGCUCCAGGAGCUGUUCCUGGGGCUCGCCCACCUCCUGGAGGCGGGGCUGCGGGCGGAGAACGGCCACCUGCUCCAGGCGAUCCGCUUCUUGUUCGGCCUCAGCCACCCGCAGUGCCAGGCCAUGCUGAGGCAGCUCCUGCCGGGCCGGGCCGCCCUCACGCCCUCCCCGGAGGGGGCCCUGCUCAGCUGGGUGCAGCGUUCGGCCGCGUCUCCCCGGGCCGGGCAUCCUCCCUUCCUUCUGGAGCUCCUGCACUGCCUGUACGAGUGGCACUGCGACGGGCUGGUGGGCCAGGUGGCCGGCCAACUCAACGUCCGCUUCCUCCUCUUCCCCCUCAAGCGGAGUGACUGUCUGGCCCUGGCCUACUGCUUGGGCUGCUGCCCUUCCGUCAGCUGCCUGCACCUCUACUCCUGCGGCCUGGACCAAGGGGAUAUCCGUCUGCUGCUGCCUGCCCUCAGCAAGUGUCAGACCCUGCACCUGGGGCUCAGUGAUAUCCCGUCCGGCCUCAUGCGGGAGAUCGGAUGCGGUUUCUCCCCCAAACAGAGCGUCACCAGCGUCCUCCUCCAAGGCCUCGGUCCCAACAAUUCCUCCAGCCAGAAGGAAACGGUGUUCAAGGUCUCGGCUCUCUGGGGCUCUCGGCCGUGCAGCCUGAGGGUCAGUAACGUGGCCAAAGAGACCACGCUGGAGCUCUGCUCCUGGGCCGUCCGCGCCCACCGGCCCCGGGAGGUCACCCUGCAGGGCACUCAACUCUGCGAGUCCAGCUUCCGUCAGCUCUGCAGAUUGCUCCGCUUCUACCACGGCAAACUGGAGACGCUCAGGAUCUCUGGGAAUCUCCUCACCAAGGGCUGUAUUCCUGACCUCGAACUGCUUGUCAGGGCCAACCCUGGUCUGACCCACCUGGACCUGAGCGGGAACAGCCUGGGAGACGAAGCGGUCGCCCUUCUCUGUGCCCACCUGGGGGCUGCUGACAGGCAGCUCUGCCACCUCAGUCUGGUGGAGAACGGGCUCACGCAAGAGUGCGUCCCUGCCUUAUCGUCCCUGCUGUCCAAACUGCCAGCCCUGACCUGCCUCAAGCUCGGCUUCAACUCUCUGGGCGACCCAGGACUCCUGAUUCUGGCUCCAGCCCUGAGCGAUCCGACUUGCGGCCUACUCAAACUGGACCUGGAAGCCAACGGCCUUACAGAUGCCUGCAUGCCCACCCUGGCUCAGGCCCUGGCUCGGAAUCAGACCCUGGAGGCGUUGAUCCUCAACGGCAACAAGCUGAGCACUCUCAGCAUCCCUCACCUGGACACCAUCUGGAGGGAGGCCACUCAGCUCUGCCAGCUCGAGCUCCUGUUUAACCAGAUUCCCUCGACUACCAGGGGACGCUACUCCAUGUAUUUUAAUCCUUGUGGCAAGAAGCCCCGGGAGCCAGCUGUGGUCGGCGAGGCCGCGAGCGGAGGAGCCCCGGAGGACGGGCCCGCUAAGUGACCGGUGCUGGGACAACGCGGGGCCAGGUCGGUCCCUUCCCCGCAGGAAAAGGCCGUGACCAAGGGCCGGGUCCUGGCUCUGUGUCCCACCUGCUGCUGAACGGCCGGUCGGUCUCUCGCCUCACACGCUGCCUCAGUUUCCUCAAGGCAGCCUGGGCUCCAGUUAGUGGAAUGUGGAGAAGGAGGGAGGGAGGGAGGACAGCCCUACUACCUUCCCCACCAACGCUGGGCCCUGGAAAAGCCCAGGGCCACCGCACCCAGCCCGUCACAACCGCAGAAGGCGCAGAAAGGGCCACGGUUGAUCUGUCCUGCGGACGGCACGUAAGGUUGAGCGCUGCCCCUUCUCCCCCCGGCACCCCGCAUCUAACUCCAGGAGUCAUCACCAUCAACUUUAUUUAGAAAAAAUAAAAGGCCAAGGGAAGGAUGGGGGAGAGCUGGCUACACAUUCCACUUUAAUACAUAAAAAAAA